AUGGGGAAACCCUUAUUAUUGAUAGCACUUUGGGUUGUUCUACUGAUCAUCCCUUUCUCUAGUUGUUUGGUGCAUCGCAGCCAGUUUCCUCCCACAUUUCUUUUUGGAACUGCAACAUCUGCUUAUCAGAUUGAGGGAGCCUACUUACAAGGUAACAAAAGCUGCAGCAAUUGGGAUAUAUUCACUCACUUGCGAGGAACAAUCAAAGAUGGAAGCAAUGGAGACAUUGCAGUUGAUCACUAUCAUCGUUACAUGGAAGAUGUGGAAUUGAUACAUUCCCUUGGAGUAAAUGCUUAUAGAUUCUCUAUUUCAUGGUCCAGAGUUCUCCCUAGAGGAAGAUUUGGUGAAGCUAAUCAAGAAGGAAUUGAAUUCUACAACAACCUAAUUAAUGCCCUCUUAAUUAGAGGAAUACAACCAUUUGUUACACUAAACCAUUUUGAUAUUCCUCAAGAACUUGAAGAUCGAUAUGGGGCUUGGUUGAACUCACAAAUACAGCAAGAUUUUGGAUAUUUUGCGGAGACUUGUUUCAAAGCAUUUGGUGAUAGAGUGAAGUAUUGGAGCACAUUCAAUGAGCCAAACCAAAUGGUGAAGUAUGGUUACAUCACUGGGGGACUUCCACCAAACCAUUGCUCCAAUUCUAUCGAAUCAUCAGAUGUUAAUUGCCAAUCUGGGAGCCCAGCUAUUGAACCCUACGUUGCUGCACACAAUCUUAUAUUAUCUCAUGCCACUGCUGUUGACAUUUACAGGGAAAAAUAUCAGGUUAACCAAAGAGGUAUGAUUGGAAUUGUGAUGAACUCAAUUUGGUAUGAACCACUAAGAAAUAUUUCAUCAGAUCAAAGAGCGGCUCAACGGGCACUUGCAUUUCACAAUUCAUGGAUAUUGGACCCCAUAAUGUUUGGUGAAUAUCCUCCUGAAAUGCAAAGAAUUUUGGGUCCAAGGUUACCAAAAUUCUCUUUAGAAGAGAAACAGAAGUUAAACAAUAAGUUGGAUUUUAUAGGAAUUAGUCAUUUUACAAGUCUAUAUGCACAAGAUUGCUUGUUUUCUCAGUGCGAAACUGUUCCUUCACAAACAGAUGCUUUUGUUCUUGCCACUGGUGAAAGAGAUGAUGGCACCUUCAUAGGACAACCUACUGCAAUGAAAGAUUUCUAUGUGGUUCCUUCUGGUAUGGAGAAAAUAAUAAUGUACUACAAAGACAGAUACAACAACAUUCCUAUGUUCAUCACAGGAAAUGGGUAUCCGGAUGCAAACAAUCCCAUGGCUUCUGUCGACGACUUUGUAAUUGACUCAAAGAGGGUAGCUUACCUGAAUAGUCACUUGAAUUCCAUUGCCAUGGCCUUAAGGAAUGGAGCUGAUUUAAGGGGCUAUUUCAUAUGGUCUUUACUUGAUAGUUUUGAAUGGAUAAAUGGUUACAGUUUGCGGUUUGGGCUUCAUUAUACAGACUACAAUACAUUCGAGAGAAUACCAAAACUAUCUGCAAUGUGGUAUAAACAGUUUCUUGGUGGAAUGAAGAUGGUGCAAUCAAAGAUGGACAAUGAAGUUCAAAUAUAA